AUGGACACAUUGUCCCUGGCUGCCAGUAUUGCAGGGCUGGUCAGUCUUGGAGAUAUCGUUUUCAAAUAUGCUCUGCGGUACUACAAGUCUGUCAAAGACGCCCCCAAGGAAGUGAAUGAUCUAUUGAAUGAGAUCAAAGAUUUGACCCUCCUCCUACAUAAUUUGUCAAUGGUGGCCUACGGGCAUGGACUUCAGACGCAACCGAACCCUCAGAACCCUGCUACAGCACAUAAGCCACAUCACUUGCAUGAGUGUCAGCAACUGCUGAAUCAACUUGAAGACGGUCUGUCAAAGUUUGAGCAGAAAUCUGGACUCGACAAGGUACAGAGUCGCUUGAAAUGGCCAUUCACCACGAGUGUUACCAAGGAAAUGCUACAAGCUAUUGGCCGCCAUAAGCAAACAAUCAACGUCGCCCUUGGUGCGGAUUCACUUACCAAACUUCAAAUUUGCCUGUCACGACAAGAUGAAACCCUCAAAGAAAUCCAGGAGUUGAAGGUGGAGGUUAGGAAAAUCCAGGACAUUGAAACAAAGAUCACGCUCAAUCAAAAGCGACGAGAAGUCCUCUCCACCUUUUCCAAGGCCAAUCCUCGACUUGAAUUCGAUAAUAACAAGGAGUUGAGGUACCCAAUGACAGCACUCUGGCUUACCGAAGGUCGCGAGUUUGCGGAGUGGCUUUCCAACGAUGAAGCCAGAAUCUGGUGCAGUGGUAUCCCUGGCGCUGGCAAGUCAGUUAUUGCGGCAGCGGUCAUUGACGUGUGCCUUCAGCGCCUCCUGACUAGCCCUAACACCGCUGUAUGUUACUUCUUUCGCACGUACAGGAACCCGGAAACAGUCCUACCUUGCAAUAUUUUGUCUGCCCUAUGCUACCAACUCGCACUCCAGCACGAAUCAGCAUACGAAAUACUUGAAGCUUACCACGAGGAGCUUCAUCCUCCCAAUCAGCUCCCAGGGCAACUGAAGGUACGAAGGCUUAUCAAGGUACUUCAUGAGAUGUGCGAGAUAUUUGAUCGGGUCUAUCUGAUUGUUGAUGGCCUCGAUGAGUGUGGCGAUAACACAAGAGAGGCUGUCGAUAGUCUAUCAAAGGUGUCGCUGCAAUCAGCAAAAAAGAAUAUCAACAUGGCCCUUCUCAGCCGCGACGAAUUGUUGAUCAGAGAAAAGAUUGAACAGCACUUCCAUUGGAUCGAGAUAGAAGCCCAUACAGAAGACGUUCAGCUUUAUGUGGCGUCGGAAGUGGAUAGACUCAUCCAUGAAAAGGAACUCCGGUUAAAAGACUUCAGUCUGAAAGAUGAAAUCAUAACUGAACUUGUCAAGGGGGCUAAGGGAAUCCGUUCUGACUUGGCAAGGUUUCGCUGGGUAGCCUGCCAGCUCGAUCAUCUAUGCAACCUACCAACUGAUGGAGCUCGCCGCAAAGCUCUGAACCGACUACCACCGACGCUUCCUGCUACCUAUGAACGAAUCCUUCAGGCGAUUGACCAGCUGCCUUCGAAGAAGAUUUACAAGAAUUCCUCGAAAGCGAUUGUUCAGAUUAUCCAAUAUUGA